AUGUUUUAUAAAAAAAAUGCUAAAAAUGUGGAUAAAUUAUUUAUAUUGAAUAAACACCGUAAUCAAUUGAAUGAUACGGAAUUAUUAUAUACAUUACGUUAUCCAUAUAAAUCUGUUUAUGGUCUAUCCAAUACAUUGAAUUGUAGCCAAUCAAUAUGGAAACGAUUUUAUGAUUGUGAACGAUCAUCACAUCAGCUAUGGCGGAUACAUAUUGAACGUUAUUUUUAUGCGACUAAAGAAUUUUGCUGUUUCAUAUGGAAUACAUUGGAAUGUGAAAUGAAUGUUGCCGCUGAAUGUAAUGUUGAAUAUUCACGUAAAUUGAAAAAUAAUACAUUUGAAUCAUUUGAAAAGAUUUGUAAUAAAAUUUAUUGUGGUUAUAAUAGUUUUGCUUGUUGGUUUUCACCAGAUAAACAAGAAACAUAUAGAAUUGUUGCCAUUAUCGGUGUUUUUAUAUUGGGCAUCUGUUGUACAAUUUGUGGAAUGAUUCAAUGCCGUAAUUCUCCGCAUACAGGAUUGAAAAUUACAUUUAAAAAACCAUAAGAAAGUCAAAACAAUCACCAAUACUAAAUGGCGAUGAUAGUAUUGGUGGUGCAACAAAAAAUAUUCCAUUCUCUAAUCAAUCGUUACCGAAUCAAGAAUCCAAAACAUUUAAAACACUAAAAAAUCUUCCAAAACUUGUUGAUUUUAUAACACCGCCUACACAAACGACAAAAGUCCAUAGUACAUGAUGAUCUUUUAUCAAUGUAUUCAUCGGGAUCACCAUCACCAGAAAACUCAAUGUUACCACCACCACCACCACUGGAAACACCAUUGAAUUUAUUAUCACCAUUAAGUGAUACAUCAGAUAUGACAGCAUUGAUUGAAACAGAUCAAAUGCAACAAAUGAUACUACAAUUUGAUCCAAUAAAUUGAUGAAAAAUCUGAAUUGUUUGUUGUCACACAAUUCAAUGAUUGACGAAAACAGAGAAAUUGAGAA